CCUGGCAACUGGGUCGUGAGGUGGAAGAAGUGACAGAGAUGGCAGACUUGUCUUUGUAUUUAGCUAAUGCCAAUGUUUCACUGGGGCAAACUAUGGACACUGAUAAGAAUCCAGCAGGGCCGACAGACUUAGAGCGGGUAGAGAUGGGAGACUCUGCCGGGAGGCAGGUGAAGGUCCCCCGCAGGACCAUCUACUUCGCCAGCGGAGAGACCAUGGAGGAGUACAGCACCGAUGAGGAGGAAGAGGAGGAGCCCUUGAAGAGAGACGCCGUCACUGUUGACACGUCCAAACUGACCUGGGCUCCGUACUUCUGGUUUCACAUGUGGAGAAUGGGCACCUCCACUAUCUCAGUGUGUGACUACAUGGGCGAGAGACUGGCCUCUAUGUUCGGCAUCACCUCUCCUAAAUACCAAUAUGCUAUUGAUGAGUACUACCGUAUAAAGAAAGAGGAGGAGGAGGAAGAGGAGGACAACCGUCUGUCCGAGACGGCGGAACGUCGGUUCGCGGAGCAGCGAAGAGGCGAGCAGGAGGAUCCUCGUCCUGCUACCGUGGAGCAGCCGGAAGCUUCCGCCGCCUCCUUUGUAAACAUCAGCUUUGAUCUGGAACCUGAACCUCCUCUCAACCCUGCAGACACCAACAGAGUCCCCUCUCCCCUCCCCUCCUGAAAACUGACUCUCAAGAGACAAACCACCAACAUCAAACCGAAACACGAAACCUUAAUUUACAUAGCAGUAUAGAUUAAUUGCGCUGUAAUAUUUUCUAUGUUUUUAUUUUAUAAACGGACAUUCUUAGUACACGGUGCAGGGAGAAAGUAAAAGGGCUGUGGAAGUGACUGCACUAGCCUUAUGUGUGAAUGUGUAUGGUGUGAAACUGUAUGCAAGAUUGAGAUGUUUCUAUUUCCUGACCACACGGGGCUCAGCUCACUCUGAAUUGACAGCAGUUGAGAGUGGAAGUGGAAAACAUGCUGGAUGUGAAUCUUAUGGAGGAAAUAGUCCCCCAUCUGUUUGUUCAUCGGUUUAUAAACGGAACUGAACUCAACAGAAAAAGAAUGAGCCCCACCUCUGGUGUCAGCAGCAACAUCAACAGACACACGUUACACCUGCUGUGUGAUUGUUGAUCCUGCUGCUGUAUGUAAGCAACGUCUGACAUUUUGCAAGUUCAGCCAGUUUUGUAAAGGCGGGGCGUGAUUUGUCCCCUUAGUCUCUUUCUGUGCUUCUUGUCUCUGACAUGGUUGUCUACACUCGUCAUGUGCAUCGUUAAAGUGGAAGAGGGAUGGCUCGUUUUUGACUUCCAAGCUAUAAAGAUAAGCAGGGAAUGAUGACGUUGCCGCUUCGGCCUUCUGAUAGUCACGAGUACUUCCUCAAGGCUACUGUGCCUUCCUGCUCUUAGAACAGGACUCAUGUAAAAUGCUGAGCUGUUAACUAGGAGGCCUGAUAAUCCAAGAGCUCAAUUCAUAGGUGUGAUGCUUGGUUUGGCAUAUUAAUUAGUAAUAUCCUGGUCUCCUCCAGAGCAGAAGAUGUGAUGGCUAAAAUGUGGUGUUUUAUUAAGUAUUUACAGCUUUAUAUAUAAGUGUGUUUCUGGGGUAAUGCUUAAAACUGUCAUGGAAAGUGAACCGAAUACAUUGAUCUACCUACAUGUGUACAUGUGUUGUGUGUUCAUUCUUGAAGUGUCCUUCUGGAAGCCUUCAUACGAGUGUUUAGCUGCUCAGCAGGCGUAGUGCUGAGACCGAGCUAUCGUAAGCUUCUUAUUGAUUAUUUAUAUCCACUGACAGGCCUUAGAUCUCAGCCGCAGUGUUUAGCGUACCGCUUUGCAAAAUGACCCAGCUCAACAAGAGCUUUUAACUUGGCUUGUUAAAAACAUUUUGUGGGUGAAUGUCUUUCACUAGUCAAUGAAGGAUAUUAUUCAUGCUUUAUGUAAAAGGGGCCAACAUGUAUGCAAAAGUUAUUUUAACAAACCUUUAAUGAAUAUGUAUAUACAUAUUUAUAUUUUAUUUGUGUUAAUAAAACAUUUAAACA